AUCUUCAGAAUUAGAAACUGCUGCUAGCUCAACAAUGACAUGAAUGAUACAGCAGGCAGUGUGGGCGACGCUUUGUUUUGUGACUGAUUGUGUAAGCUUUUUUUCAAUGGAUGUGGUUAUUCAGUGUAGUUUGAUUACAAAAUGACACCGAAUUUGGAACGCUGACUGGUUUUUCAGAGGGGUUAGUCUUGGGUCCUUAAAUAUGGGUAAACUCCUUGUUCUUCUUUCAAAUCUGUAUGUCUUCGGUUUGGUUACUGCGAAUGUCUGCGUCCACCGACCCCCAGCUCGCAAUGAGAUAAAGCACGGUGUACAUCUUGAGCAGGCACCUGGGGAUAGACUAAAGCGAAGGAGCGCUUCACAUCCGCUACGAAUCCAUGUGGAAUACGAAGAUGAUGUCGACUCCUUACCCGCUGCGACUUCACUUCUCGUUAAGAAUGAUCUUUUACCUAAAGCUGUCCGUUCCAUUUCCCGUAUGCUGAAUGUCAGGUCAACUUCAACAGGUCCCAUCAGGUUAAACAGAGCGUGUGCCUUUUCUCAUUACUACACAUUGGCUAACGACACCCAUGAAUACUGCUCGGGAUCAUGCAACAGCAUCACACGGUGCGGACCGGUCACCAUUCCUGACAAACAUCUACAUGCUUGUUACACCUGUGAUGAAACGCAGAGCAAUUGCCACAAGAGCGGAGGCGAGACUGGGCCGGGUGUGGCUGACACAGAUUUCAUCCUGUACGUGACCGCUGAGAACACCUCCGAUUGUCGGAUUGCAGACACCACGGCCCACGCGUCAUUCUGUCAGUUGGAGGCCAGCCAAGAUAGACCAAUUGCUGGUUACAUCAACUUGUGUCCUCAAGCGUUAACCAGUGACCCUGUCCAGAACACCAUGCAACUUACUACAGUACAGCAUGAGAUUAUCCACUCACUGGGUUUCACUGCUGCCCUGUAUGCUUUCUACCGAGAUAGUAACGGUAAUCCCUUCACCCCUAGAGAUGCAUCAGGUCUGCCACCUUUCAAUGAAAGUCUUGGGUUGUACCAGUGGAGCGAUCGGGUGAUCAAGCCCAUCAAACGGAGGGACUGGGCUGUGCGAGGAGGAAGCAUCACACACACAGUCAACAUAAUGGUCACACCAAGUGUUGCUAGGGAAGCAAGAGAGCAUUUUGGCUGUUCCUUAUUAGAGGGAAUGGAGCUGGAAAACAACGGAGGCCACGGGACCAAAUUAACGCAUUUUGAAAAAAGACUUUUAGAGAAUGAAGCAAUGACUGGAACUCACACCCAUGAGCGAGUCUUUUCUCGGCUCACAUUAGCAGUCUUGGAAGACACGGGUUGGUAUCAGCCCAACUAUGACAGGGCUGAUCCGUUAGAUUGGGGUAAAGGGCUCGGAUGCGACUUCGCUACAAAGAGCUGUAAAUAUUGGAUGGAUACCAAACGCAACUCUCAGGAAAGUUUGUCGCCUUUCUGUGACGUGAUUCGGGCAGAGCCCUUCACGCUAACCUGCAGUGUGGGACGGGCCUCCGUAGCCCUGUGUAAUCUUCAUCAGUAUGACAGAGAUUUGGAGCCACAAUAUCAGUAUUUUGAUUCAUUACCCAGCGUUAGCAGUGAAGAUUUAGGGAGGUACGGGGGGACCUCAGAGCUUGCAGAUUACUGCCCAUUCCAACAGCAAUUUAAUUACAAAGAGCCUGAUGGUGCUAAGAAGUCCACGACAUGUGGAAUAUCAUAUAACAUGCCAAGUGGUACUGAGAAUGUAGCCGCUGAGUAUUACGGCAUGGGAUCAGUGUGCGUUGAACAUGCCGACUCGUGGAGGCAAGCUCAGUGCAGUCAAUAUCAGGCACAGCAGACAUGGGGAGCAGGUUGCUAUCAGUAUUCCUGUGGCAGUGACGGACUGAAGAUCACUGUGGAAGGAGUCAACCACCUGUGCUCCUGGAAGGGUCAGCAGAUUGAGAUCAGCGUGACAACCAGCGCGUACCUCCACACAGGGACCAUCAUCUGCCCUUCCUGCCAGGAGUUGUGCGGGACCUCCUGCCCACCGGAACAGAAGCCUGGUGUCACGGUGGAGCUGACAGUCAGAGAGCCUGGUGACGAGGGUGAAUGCCCCCGCCUAGCGUACGACACCGUCGGUGCCUGUGUGAAUGAAUGCAGCAACUGCAGAAGUGAAGAGAAAUGCUGCAGUAAUGGCUGUGGACGCACAUGCCAGAAAACUGUAGUCAAAAAAUCUACGUACGAGCCAUGCCCAAGCCAGGCCCCCGACGCUGUCAGGUCAAAGGUCACGAUACUCACCAGUUUAAUUUCAUUGUCUUUCGUUGCUAUUUUGACAAAAUUCUCCUGAUAGUAUAUUUAGUUCAACAUUAAAUUAACUUUGUAUUUGAUUUUCUUGUCUAGGUAGACUCAAGGAAUUUUGGUCAUUUAAAAGUUCAUUCCAUCGAAAGCCUUUUUUUUGUCUCUAUACUCUUUAAAUACUUGCCCACAGUAAAUUUAAUUCAGGCUCUUUACCACAAUAAUUGCCAUAAUUGUUUGCAUAACAUUUAAACUCUGAAGCACUAUGCUUCAGACAUUUCAUUCUUGUCAAAAUAAUGUUGUGCUUGUAGCAUUUAUAUCCAUUGCAAAGUUUUGGUUACGCUUUGUGACUAUCAUCCAUUAUUUUCUUUCUGUGUUAUGCCUUUUCUCUCUUGGUCUACUAAAAAUGUAGAAUUUCAAAAUUAUAUUUACUUCUCACAUUCUCUUUGUCAGAAUUUCUUGAUGUUGUUAGACUUUUCACUUUAACUCAGGGUUCUCACUUUACUUAUUAAACUGCCAUUAAACAAAAAAUGUAUACGGGCCGAUGCGUGUGCCUUGCAAUGCAUGAUGGGAAGUGGCGUACGUAUAUUUGGGAAUGUACACGAGAUGUUUUGAGGGAAAACAAAAAUGGAAAGUCUGAAAUCCUGUCCAUUUUUUAAACUGUGAACAGACUGGUUCGUUUAAAUACAAUGUAGAUCGACAUCAAUCCCAGAAUGCAGUGCUGUGCCUAGGGAAAUUCUCAUUGGCUCUGCUUUCCAAUAUCUCUAUCAUAUGAGAUGCUUUUAGCACUUGUACAAAGAUGAACAAAAUCUUAUACUUUUUAUUUAAGAAUAAAAUCCACAACUGCACUUUUAUAGGAUAGAAAUCGUACUUUUCACAGCAUACUUGUAACUUGAUGGAGUAAAACUCUGUAAUUGUAACAUCAAGUUUGGAAUUUGGAAGACAUUACAUCUGUUAAAAUUGCCCCAUAUUCAUGUGGAAUAUGUCAAAGGUUAUAUGUCAGACAUUCCACAGGCCCGGCCAUACAGUAUUUGCAAAUCCUCCAAUCAGAGAGCAGAUCAUAUAUGUUUGACAACACAAUGCUUGAAUCACAAUGUGUAGACUUAUAUCAGGUUUUAAGAGGACUGUUUUUGAAGGUUUUGUAUGUAAAAUAUAGAGAUGAAAACAAAUUUUUUGGACAUCAAAAUUGGAAACAAAGUUGUUUCUGGAACAGCCAUGCCAGCCCUUUUCGCAAAUAUAAAAAAAAAUACUGGGGGGUUUUGCCAUUUUAUGCAGGUUAAAUACAUGGAUGUUAAGAUUUCACUGUCAGUGGAGAGAACAUAGAAAGAUUGGAAAUUACUUUGUGAACUGGAAAGCAUAAAAAAAACUGUGACCUUUUUUGGACAUUGAAAUUCCAGAGGGGGAGUGCACCAUCUGGCAGACGGUGGCACUACAGCACAAACUUGUACAUAUACAUUUAUGUAUAUAAUUGCAUUUUACAACCAUUCCUGGCUGUUUUUGUAAUCGGCCACUGUUAAGUUUUAUAGAAAUUUCAAAAUGGCUUGCACGCUUUUCUUUUCUUCAUUUGCCUCUUUUCAAUAUAAGAAUUUACUUUGGUAGGAUAUUGUUGACAAAAGGAUAUCAUUAUUGGCGGGGAAAUGGGAAGGGGGUAGGCGUGGGGGGUUGGGGGUGAUCUUAUGGGGCAUUCCCCGGGUCCAAAGUUGACAAAAAAAGAGAGGAGAUACAUUAUCCUCUGUAUAGCCCUUGGAGUUAGGGUGUGAAGGCCGGUUAAUAUACUUCACCCGAAAGCAAAGGGAAAGGGGAUAUUAUGUCCUUAACAAUUAUACAUUCAUGGUAACGUUUGCUGUUUAUACCCUAACAAUUUACCUUGCACAUCUUUGACAUAUUAGACAUGUAAUUAGCCUUUAGCAGUUUCAAGGAUUUGAUUUCUUGAGUAGGUUUCUAGUGUGAUUGCAAUUUCAUACACACACAAAAACAUAGAUCUGUUGCCAGAAAGUCAACCUCCUUUCCUUCAAAAGUACAUUUGCUCUGGGCGCAUGCUUAGUUUUAUACUGUGUCAGUAGAUUACACAUUUUAUAUUCUAAUUUUACCACCGAAACAAUUUCUUACAUUUGUAUAAGAUCAUGAUACGUGUAGCUAACUCCCUAGAGGUUGUGCAAAAUCGUAUUAAAAUUGGAGGAUUCAGGACUGUUAGGGUUUUAACCUGAAAACAUUAGUAGAUGUCACUUGUUUAUACUGACGUUCACACUUGUUGGUAUUUGAAUUUGUGUUGACAGACCUCUUGCACUCUUUUCUGCUUCUCUGUAUUACUAACAUUUACACACACAAAAUCAUUUAUCAAUCACUUUUCGCCAUUAUACCUACGAAGCAGUGUUGUAAUGUUUAUUCAUAUUGUGCAAUUGAAUGUGAAUAUUUAUUUAUAUCACUUUAAAAGUUGUAAAAUUUGAAAGAUAUUACAUUUUUACAAAUCUGUCGAUUUCAGACCAACGUUGUUUGCCCAUGUUGAUCAUGUUCUUAUAAAAAAAAUAAUGAUGAUUCAAUAUCCCGAUUACCUCUGAAUUUUGAGGUUAACAACUGUUAAUGAAUCACACCCCAAAGAUGCAAAAGGAUUGAGAUCGUGGCUAAAGCACAUUUUUUUUUUAAACCAAUAUUGAAAUAAGGUGUGUAACUAAAAAAGAAUAAAACAUGCUGUAAUUUAUGUCUUCUGCUACAAACCUUACAUAAUUUGAAUGAAUGAUGAAGCUUGUUGCUUUUUUUUGUUUUUUCAACAGUUUAUUGUAGAAACCAAAUAUUUUGGAGUGUUUGUUAGUCACUGUUGCACUAUCAAGUAUCAGAUAUAUAUAUACAUGUAUAAGGAAGCCCGUAAGUGCCAUUGAAAUAUAUAAAUGACAAAACCACAACAGACACACUGUUAUGGUCAAUCUGUUUAAAUAGAGUACAAUUGCCUACUUGCAGUGUAUUUUUAUUGGUACUAAUAGGCUUUCUUAAAUAUCAGUAAUUUUUGACAUUAAAGAAUGAAUGCAUAUACAUGUUCAUGCUCUUUACUUUCUUGGUUUUUGGUGUAUUAAUAUGAUAAAAUUUAAUUUUAGCAUGUGAUUUUUAUUCAUUAAUAAAAAUAAUAACUUUCAAAAGGGAUAGCAGUGAAUAUUAAAUUUUUAACUGAAAAUGGCCUGUCAAUUUUAAGCAUUAAUGUGAUUUGUGUUUUUUAAUAUAGCGAAACCCAUGAUAAAUAAUUUUACUUGACGAAGCUCAUUAAACAGCAUUUGAUCAAGUUUUCCCUAAAGAGUUCCCACCUGGAAUGUAUGUACACAGGUGCUUUUCCUUGUGAAACUUUUUCAAGAGCAAUUGUGGUAGGAACCGAUUGUACAUUUUCACUUGUAGAUCAUGUUUUUUAAAGAAAUGUACAAAGAAAACAGAUAGCAUGUAUAUACUUCAAUCCUCAAAAUUAAUGUUUGUAUAAAACACUGUACAUGUAUGUUGCAAUAUGAAGUCAUCACAGCGCAAUUGAACAUUUGAAUGUUAAUAAAAUACAUGUAUUUGA